GAACAUCUUUGGCACGUGCCUGUUCCUUGCUGUAGAUCUGGCUGGGGUAUACGUACAAUGAACAUCAAGGGUGUCACAGUAUUUUUGGCGGCCCUGACGGGGGUCCAGUGUCUGCCAGCCUUCGCCGAAUCCGGAGAUCAGCUCACGGGAACAGCCGUCAAGUGCAAGACGUGCGUCCAGUUCACUAGAAAAGCUGGUGCCGACCUUCUCAACGUCAUUCUCAACUCUGGGGUCGUUGGUUCCUGUACGGAACUGUGUGCAGCUCUGAGUGACAAGAGUCAGGCGGCCAUGUGUGGACGCCUCUGUAACUUUGCCGGUAUCAACGCGUUUAUUCAGCUCUUUGUGAAGGCUAACUUAGAUUCAUUCUACUUCUGUGAACUGCUCACCAUGUGCCAAAUCUUUGACCGUGGUGAUGCCCAAAUCCGAAAGCUCUCCGUCACCCCAUCCAUUGGACCUCAAGGCAAGAGAACAGUUAGCUACUCCUACACCUCCGACAACGGGACCGGAGCUGGAGAAGUAGCUGUUGUUGUUCAGCCACCCAGUGGACUUCCCAUUGGUGACAGUUUCUUCAUCCAGAGGUCACCGCCAGGCACCUACUCCAACAGCUUCAUCCUCAUGGCCAAGCCUGACCCCCACUGUGACCCCAAGAAGGGACCCUGUCGAAAAUGGUCACCUGGACACUACAAACUCAGUAUUGAUGUAUGUUACGGCAAGUGCGGCAGCGGCGACCCACACAGCAAGAUCUACGACACCCAUGAUGUCAAUUUCAUCAUCACCUCCUAGACAUCUCGUAUUUGUACAGAGCAAUAAAGAUGCAAAUAUG